GUCAGGGAAACAAAUUGAUUUGCAGAAGCUUAAGCAAUUAUGCUGAAGCUCUGAACUGUGAAUCGAUGUAUAACCUUCAGCUUCGCAUGUUUUCAAUACUUGUCGGUUCCGCCAAGAAUUCCCACCAAAAUCUAGUGCAAUCGAUUGCUUCCGCGAACUCGAAGCGAAGGAAUCGGACCCAAAUUCCGUUGCCGCACAGAACGAUUCCGGAACCCAUAGGUCAAGACCUUGAUUUCGUGAAUGUAGCUCACAGUCACCUCACUCACUCCGACUGGGCCAAGCUCGAAUCUUUAGCCUCCCGGUUAACGCCGUUCAGAGUCAAGCACGUUCUGCUGAAAGCCCAAAAGGAUUACGUACUUUCCCUCGAGUUCUUCAGAUGGGUUGAGCUUAAAAACCCUAAAUUGCAUACCCUCGAGACUCGUUCGAUAAUUCUCCAUGUUCUUACUAAGAACCGGAAGUUUAAGUCGGCAGAGUCCAUUGUAAGGAAGUCGAUUGAAGCGGGCAUUGAUCUCCCAGGUAAGCUCUUCGAUGCCGUGCUAUAUUCAUAUAGGGUUUGUGAUUCUUCGCCCCGCGUUUUCGAUUUGUUGUUUAAAACAUGCGCACAUAUGAAGAAGUUUAGGAAUGCUACGGAUAUGUUUUGUAGUAUGAAGGAAUAUGGGUUUCUCCCCACCGUUGAGUCUUGCAAUGCGUACAUUAGCUCGUUGAUGAGCUUGAACCGGGCCGAUAUUGCCUUGGCGUUUUACAGGGAAAUGCAGAGGUCUAGGGUUUCGCCUAAUGUAUAUACUGUGAAUAUGGUUAUUGGUGCGUUUUGCAAGUCAGGGAAACUGGAAAAGGCUGUUGAAGUGUUUAGGGAAAUGGAGAAUAUUAAUUUGAAGCCUAAUGUUGUGUCUUAUAACACUUUGAUUGCGGGGCACUGUAAUAAUGGCCUGUUCAAUGUUGCUAUGAAGCUUAAGAAUUCAAUGGAGCAGAAUGGGGUUUGCCCCAAUAAUGUUACUUUUGGUACACUUAUCCAUGGGUUAUGCAAGGAAGGGAAACUGCACGAGGCUAAUAAGCUUUUCAGCGAGAUGAAAAGAGUUGGUGUGGCUCCGAGUGUUGUUACUUACAAUACAAUGAUCAAUGGAUACAGCAAAGUUGGAAACAGUGAGAUGGGCAAUCGGUUUUAUGAAGAGAUGUCGAGUAAUGGAGUUAAGGCUGAUAUCUUGACUUAUAAUGCGUUGAUAUUGGGAUUUUGCCGGGAGGGGAAAACAAAGAAAGCGGCUUAUUUGGUGAAAGAACUUGAUAAGGUAGGCCUGGUACCGAAUUCCUCUACUUUCUCUGCCCUCAUUAUUGGACAGUGUGUAAGGAAGAACUCCGAUCGUGCCUUUCAACUCUACAAAAGUAUGGUCAGAGCUGGUUGUCACCCAAAUGAAUCUAUUUUCAAUAUGUUAGUAUCCACAUUCGUCAAGAAUGAGGAUUAUGAUGGAGUACUGCAAGUAUUGAAGGAGAUGCAAGAAAGAUCUGUUACUAUUGACUCAGUUAUCUUGACUGAGAUUCUUGAUGGACUUUGUAAAUGUGGCAAAGAGGAAGUAGUCAGAAAGCUGUUCCAGGAGAUUGAAGCAAGAUGCCUCAUGCCCAAAGGUUUUGACCAAACUCGAAUCUUUGGCUCUAGGUGAAAUGCUGUCCAACUCAUAUUUUCACUCUGAAAGCUCACGAGUACAAUCGUACAAUGAGUCGAAGCAGCAGGAGAAAUUCUUUGGGUCAUUGAGCAUUAAGCCAUUCUUCGUUAGAGCUGUUUGGUUGUGCUGUUGCUUUACAGUCUCACCCUUUGAUGAUUGGGUGUCUAACUCUAUAUCAAUGCCCUCUUUCGCCACACUUAUGCUUGCUUUUUAGCAUCUGAUGGUUGCAAGAUCCUCUUCAUUCUGCGCUCCAACAAUUAUUUGAUGUUACAGCCAUAGUCGGAGUGUUCCCCAAACGAUUGGUAGUCUUCACGUAGUCAACAUUGUCACAUUUGAUGUUGCAGCCAUAGUCGGAGUGUUCCCCAAACGAUUGGUAAUCUUCACGUAGUCAACAUUGUCACUACCAAGGUACGUUUCCACCAUAUGUUUUGAAUGACUUCCUGAGUCUUUGUCUUUUAUAUUCUCAACCCUCAGGUCCUUUUUGGACACAUUCUGGAGCUUUUUCCUGUGUAAUCUGUUAGAUACUGCAUCGGGUAUUCUCGUCCACAAGAUCUGUGAAGAAAAUGAACCUGUAAUUUCAUUUUUGUCCUAUUGAGGAAGGAAGAUUUCCCAGACUGUUCUCUGCUUGAUUGCUCACUUUCAUUCUUCGAGUGACGAGGCAACUCGCAACCAUUACCAGAGAGUGUGUACUGGGUAAACUCCACAUUAUGACCUAAGUCAGCAAAGGACUACAAGGUUGAUGCAGUCCAUUUCUGUUAGUCUGUUACCAUUUGUUCUACUUGCAAACUCUUGUACUAUAUUUGUUGUUGUAUAAUACAUAUGGGAGUUUCAUGUAUACAAAAAUACACUUGGUAUGUAUUAGAUUUGGCUAAAGAUAUUUUGGGAUAAGUGGACUUAUCCCUAUUUGUACCUAAAACCAAACAUACCUACGAUUGCAAAUGAAACAUAACAAAAGGAUUUUCUACGGCA